AUGAUUCGUGAGGCUGAUGAACAGUGGCCCAUCAAGGUCAGACUUGAUGAUGACACUAUUAUGAAGCUUGAGCGUCUUAGAGACCAUGUCCUUCACCCUGGUGGGCUCAUAGUCUUGCCUACGGAGACCGUUUAUGGUUUGGCUGCUAAUGCACUGUGCGACGAUUCCGUUUUUAAGAUAUUCGAGGUCAAGGGCCGACCUCUGAGUGACCCUGUGAUAUUACACGUGCCUACAUUUAGAGAUGCCUUGUCAAGUAUUUUUGACGCUGAUUUGUUCGAUGCGUGUCUAAUAUUAUUUUUGGGAUUGUCAUUUUCUCCAGGGCCGUUGACUAUGAUAACUCGUGGUAAGGAGGGUCUUUCGCCUUUGCUUUCGGCUAAUACGGGUUUCCCGGCAGUGCGCUGUCCCAGUCACCACAUCGCGCAAUUGAUUCUUAAGCAUGUAGGUGUUCCGCUUGCUGCGCCAUCGGCUAACAAGUUUGGUCACAUUAGUCCAACAUCUGCUGAGCAUGUAUCUUCGGAGUUUGAAGGUGUACCUAUGUUCAUUAUCGAUGGUGGGCGUUGCGAUUUAGGUGUUGAGUCUACGGUUUUGAAAGUGGAGCCUGUCUUUGAUGACAUUCGAGCUGAGGUAUUUUUGAAGAAGCACAAAGGUACAUAUGCCAAUUUGCAAACUGUGAUUUCUUUGCUUCGUCCUGAGGUGAUCUCUGAUCCUUCCAAGAAGGAUGAGUUGAUCGAGAAAUGUAGUUUUAUGGCCGGUAUGCCAUCCAGUCUACCUAGGGAUUUGAUAGAUACUCUUUUGUCUAUGAAAGAUACAUCCCGCACGGUUACUAUCCUGCGUCCAGGUUAUGUGACUGAGGCCGAUUUGACCCGUCGUCUAUCAUCUUCAUUUUUCAGUAAUGUGAAAGUUGUCCACAAGCAAAUUUUUGCCAAGGCCCAUGAGCAUUGUGAAUGUCCUGGUACUACAUUGACCCACUAUGCCCCCGCUGUACCUACCUACUUGGCGAGUGAAGUUCAGAGUGAAGGCGGUGUGCCUGUAGACUCAGAGAGCAUAGUGAUGGUUGACUGUGAUGGUGACUUUAAGGACUUCGUGGAUUCAUUUUUGUAUUAUAUUCCGAUGGCUAAGGGCGACCAAUCUUUGGCUUAUAAUCUGUAUGAUUCACUUCGUCAGGCUGAGCGCAUGGCUCUACGCUGCAUUGGUACUGUUAAUCCGUAUGCUGGCGAGGAUGCAUGGCCGAUGUCAACGAUCAUUGUGGUGAAUUACAAAGAGCAACCUACCGAGCUGAACGCCACAUUACGUGAUCGUCUUAUACGUGCAUCAUCAGGCAAUACGGUCAAGUAUAAGCUUGAUCCGGAUAAUGUCGAAUUUUUUAUGGUUGGUUUGGGUUUUCAGAGUGUAAAGAAGACUCAUGUAUUUUCCGCUGAAGCAGUUAAGCUGAAGGAGGUACUAAAGUCUAGAAAGAAGAUCGGUAAAUCAAAAUCAUCCCGAGAUAAGUCUACCACUAAACCCACGAAAGCACAUGGCAACACCAGUGAUGAUGAACCUUCCAGAUUGGACUUGAUAUUAUCAGCCUCUCGCCCUCGCAAGGCGGUACUUAAAAAGGCAGUUUCUAAAGGCCGUCGCAAAACCUAG